UGUCUGUCACUUUACGCGCGACGCGACCCGGGGCACUUUUCAGCCUUCCUGGUCAACUACAAUCAUCGUCCUCAGCCGUGCACGCAAUUUCUUACCACCAACGAAUUGCUAGGUACCUACUUUGCUUUUAUCGUUAUCUUACACAUUUCUUUCUACUUCUAAACAACCUCAAAAUAGUCAACUCGGCAAAUAAGAAAAGUUAUCAUGGCACCUGCUCAAUCUGCAGAGCGCGAUGUGGACAGUGAGUUUGCGCUUCACAAGCAAGCAACUAAACUUGCCCGUAACCGCAAACUUGCACAGACAUGGUUACUGACAUUAACGCAGUCGAGAUGACUCACGAGGAUGAUGAUGACCAGGGCGAGCGCAUGAUUAAUGAAGAGUACAAGACAUGGAAGAAAAACAGCCCGUUCUUGUAUGACAUGAUUCUCGGAACGGCUUUGACUUGGCCUACUCUGACCGUCCAAUGGUUUCCCGACGUCAAGGAGCCAGAAGGCAAGAAUUACUCAGUUCACCGCCUCCUACUUGGCACUCACACUUCAGAUGAGAGCCCCAACUUUCUUCAAAUUGCCAAUGUUCAGAUUCCAAAGGCUGUAACGCCCAAUCCCAAGGACUAUGAUGACGAGCGAGGCGAGAUUGGUGGCUACGGUAAGCCUGGUGAUGUCGCUGCUAUCAAGUGCGAGAUCGUUCAGAAGAUCGAGCACCCCGGAGAAGUCAACAAGGCUCGAUACCAACCUCAGAAUCCUGACAUUAUCGCCACUCUUUGUGUGGAUGGCAAGAUUCUUAUCUUCGACCGAACGAAGCACCCUCUCCAGCCCACUUCCCUUGGAAAGGUCAACGCUCAGAUUGAGCUUGUUGGACACAAGGCCGAAGGUUUCGGCCUGAACUGGAAUCCUCAUGAGGAGGGGUGUUUAGCGUCUGGUAGCGAGGAUACCACAAUGUGUCUUUGGGACUUGAAGACCCUUAAGGGUGAUUCGAGAAUCCUCAAUCCUUCUCGCAAGUACACUCAUCACACUCAGAUCGUCAACGAUGUUCAGUAUCAUCCAAUCUCAAAGAACUUCAUCGGUUCCGUGUCCGACGAUCAGACCCUCCAAAUCGUUGACGUACGUCACAGCGAGACCGCUAAGGCAGCUGUUGUUGCUAAGCGCGGCCAUCUUGAUGCGAUCAAUGCUCUGGCGUUCAACCCCAACUCGGAAGUGCUCGUGGCCACUGCGUCAGCCGACAAGACAAUCGGCAUCUGGGACCUCAGAAAUGUCAAGGAGAAGGUCCACACUUUGGAAGGUCACAACGAUGCUGUUACAUCCCUAGCCUGGCACCCGACUGAGGCCGGUAUCCUGGGAAGUGCCAGCUAUGAUCGAAGAAUCAUCUUUUGGGAUCUUUCGCGGGUUGGCGAGGAGGUAUUGCCUGACGACCAGGAUGACGGGCCCCCUGAAUUACUUUUCAUGCACGGCGGUCAUACAAACCAUUUGGCUGACUUCAGCUGGAAUCUCAACGAGCCUUGGCUUGUAGCAAGCGCCGCGGAAGACAAUCUGCUGCAGAUCUGGAAGGUAGCCGAGUCCAUUGUCGGUAAGGACGACGGCGACUUGCCUGUCGAUGAGCUCGACCGAUAGGUGAGGUGGAAGUUCGUGGAGAAGUUCCGGUCUUCAUAGGAUGAGGAGACGCAGCAGCUCUGGAGGCGCUGGCUUCAAGAGACAGAUGCCACCAGCAUCGAGGGGCGAGAUAGUUAUCCUAGUGCCAGGUGUACAAGCACUCAAGAGGGGCUUGAGGCGUAAAGAAGAUAACAAACAAAUUAUUCACGUAUCUCCCUGGAUCAAAUAAAAUGCUUUUUGUGCUUCAGUAC